UAAGGCAGAAAGUAGCUACUGCUACAUCCAGUAUUUACAUGCCUGUUUCCAAACUAGCAUGCAGAUUACUUGCUAUUAAGAACAACAAACAUUUAUGAGUCCUUCAGUUAAUUAUUGUCUUUUGUGGUUUUAUUAUCUUAUGAAAUGGCUAGUUUAACCACCCCUCCUAAAGACCUGAGCUCCACUUCUUGCUUCCUGCUUCUUGUUCAGUCUGAGAAAAAGUAUUAGAAGUUACUCUGACAUCUUACUUGUGUCGACUCAACUAGAGUGUGGUAAACCAACUGAAGAGAAGAUUUUUUUUCCGCAAAUUUCAGAUUCAGCAACAAGAAUGUCUCAAACUGCCGUACCCGUGAACUCUUCGACGCUCGUCAUCCAGUUUCAACCACCAACACAAACAACAGCAGCUGGAACUGGGACAAAUGCUCCUGUGCCUGUUUAUGUACAGCAGCCAGCAGGAGUUUCACCUCUUCAUGGACUUCAGGCAUUUCUGAAAGGCCAACCAAAAGCUCUUGGGACUGUCCAGAUAAUGAUUGGUCUGUGGACUCUCCUGUUGGGAAUUGUGUCUACACUUUUUGCAGAAUCCAUCUCUGUCUUUAGUGGUAUUGUUUACUGGGGAUCAAUCAUUUACAUUUCCGCAGGCUCACUUUCCAUUGCUGCAGAAAACAAAAUGAAUUCACCCUCCAGUUUGUGUUUGGUGAAAGGUUCACUUAGAAUGAACAUUUUCAGUAUGUUAACUGCAGGCACUUCCAUCAUCAUAAUUUCAUUGGAUUUGGUUCUAGGGCCAUUGAACAGUUACUGCGACUAUUAUGAUUGUUAUUAUAUCGAGGAAAAGUAUAAGAUUCUCUUCUGGGGAAUCAGUAUUGUAACAUUGAUAUUCGCAGUCCUUGAGUUUAUCAUCUCCAUCUAUCUGUCAGCAUUUGCCUGUAAAGCCACCUCCUGCUGUUGUACUCCACAGGUUCCGUUUGUUCCACAAGUUAUAACUCAACAGCACUGUUGUUUUGGGCACAAUCACUUCCAUGAUCUUAACAAUUCCCAGAUAUCUGUGGUCAGCAGCCCUUCAAUGCAUCACCUUCCUGUAGAAAAUCCUCCACAAUACAAUGAAUAUAAUGUAUGAAUAUUAAAACAGAGUUGAUGUGGGACACAUG